CAAUGGCUUCAAUUUUCAAGCUUCUCUCCCUUAUUACUCUCUUCCUUGCCCUCAUUUUCCAAGCUAAUGGAGAAUGCUCUUUGAGUGACAUUAAAAUUAUGCAUUACACAACACAUGAUCAUGCACAUGGCAUGCCAGUGUGGAAACUUAACAUAACCAAUAAUUGUGUUUGUACUCAAUCACAAGUUAAGCUUAAUUGCACUGGAUUUCAAACAUAUCUUGAAGAUGAUCCAGCAAUCUUAAAUGCUCAUGAAAAUGAGUGUCUUGUUAAGAAAGGAGAACCUAUUCAUUCUUAUGAAUCUCUCAUCUUCCGUUAUGCUUGGGAACCUAAGUUUCAAUUUCAUCCAAUUUCUUCACAAAUUCAAUGUUCUUGAUUAGGAUUAAUUAGUAUACAAAA